AUGCUAGUUCUUGCUCCAGCAUGAAAGUUCCAUUUCAGGGAAGGACAACGUACUAUGAUACUUUCCGUUUUUUCAAGCCCUGCUUUGGUCUCUGGUUUGAUGGUUGUACGUGCAAAAAAUCCGGUACAUUUCAUUUUGUUUCUCAUCCCAGUCCUUCACAACACUUCAGGUUUACUUCUUUGUUUAGGUCUCAAAUUCUUCGCUAUGAUAUUCCCAGUAGUUUAUAUAGGAGCUAUAGCCGUUUCAUUCCUCUUCAUUGUUAUGAUGUUCCAUAUUCAAAUAGCGGAGAUUCACGAAGAAGUAUUGCGCUAUUUACCAGUGAGUGGCAUUAUUUGACUUAUAUUUUGGUGGGAGAUGUUUUUUAUUUUAGAUAAUGAAAGCAUUCCAUUACUACCAACCCAAAGAAAUACGACCUCUCUGAGAUAUAUGGUUUAUGCCAGAAAGAUCAAAAGUAGGACUAAUUUGGAAACAUUGGGCAAUUUACUUUAUACCUACUAUUUUGUCUGGUUUUUGGUUUCUAGUAUUAUUUUAUUAGUAGCCAUGAUUGGGGUUAUAGUACUGACUAUGCAUAGGACCACUAAGGUGAAAAGACAGGAUUUAUAUUGAUGAAAUGCUCUGGAUUCUAGGAGGACUAUAAUGAGGAGGAGGACAGACCCGCUCACGACAAUAAGGAGAAGCAGUGGUUCGAAUCCACAUCGUGAGCUUAAGUAAACCUUUUUGACUACUACACUUUGUUGAUGCAACGAAAUCUUUCUAUUCUAUGAGCCCUUUCUGCUUCCGAAACGA